AUGGGCCCUGUGGCCCAUGCCGUCUACUUUGACCACAGGGUCUGCCUUCCUCGUUCUCUCCCCAGCGUUCCAAAUCACCGUCAACAUUGCGGACCCACCGCAAGACCUGCUCAACGCGAUCGCGCAGACCAAGACGUAUCUCGCAACAGACAACCUCCAGGCAUGCCAUAUGUUCUCCCGCGUCGUUUGCAGAUAUAUCGAGUGCAGGAAUAUGUAGCGUCUCGUGCCCGGUCGCGGCGCAUUCAACGCGAGCGCCAUCCGAUCCGCACCGGCUCUGACGUCCCUGGUGCUCUCGCUUCUGCCCUCGCCCUCGCCGCACCCCGUGCUCUCGAUCUCGGCCGAAUCAGUGAAGCCGCUCGGCACCCGGUCCGAGGGGUACACGCUCUCGAUCCCGAGCACCGGCAGGCCCGCGGUGCUCGCGGCAAACUCGACGCUCGGGCUGUUCCGCGGGCUGACGACGUUCGCGCAGUUCUGAGCUAUCGGGGGUUUAUGCUCGAUACCGCACGUAAUUUCUUUCCGGUGGCGGAUAUCAAGCGAACCUUGGAUGCGAUGAGCUGGGUCAAGCUUAAUAUGUUCCACUGGCACAUCGUCGACUCGCAGAGCUUUCCACUUAGUCUUCCCGAUUUCCCGGAACUGGCGCAGAAGGGUGCUUAUUCGGCGAAUGAGAUAUACUCUCCUCAAGAUGUGCAGGACAUCGUUCAGUAUGCUGCCGAGCGUGGGAUCGACGUUCUGAUGGAAAUCGACACACCAGGACACACAACUGCAAUCGGCGAAUCCCAUCCAGAAUACAUCGCAUGCAACAAAGCCAGUCCGUGGACAACCUAUGCGAACGAACCUCCCGCUGGCCAGCUCCGUCUCGCCACCCCUGCGGUCGUGAAUUUCACGGCAAGUUUGAUCGGUGCUGCGGCCAAGGUUUUGCCUGGCCAGUAUUUCAGUACCGGUGGCGAUGAGCUGAAUACCGAAUGCUACGUGAAAGAUCCGCAAACCCAAGCGGACUUGAAGAAGAGCGGGCAUAAACUUGAGCAAGCCUUGGAUGCAUUUACCCAAGCUACCCAUGGGGCACUCUUGCACCUUGGGAAAACCCCGGUCGUUUGGGAAGAGAUGGUCUUGGAUUUCAAUUUGAAGCUGUCGAACGAGACUGUUGUCAUGGUUUGGAUAUCGGCCGCGGAUGCUGCCUCGGUGGUCGAAAAGAACUUCAGAAUCGUGCACUCUGCAUCAGACUAUUUCUAUCUAGACUGUGGUGCCGGUGAAUGGAUCGGGGAUACGUCUACUGCAACUAGCUGGUGCGACCCGUUCAAAUCUUGGCAGUGGUCAUAUACCUUCGACCCGCUGGCAAAUAUCAGCUCAUCUAAAUCUCAUCUCGUCCUUGGCGGAGAGCAACUCCUCUGGACUGAACAAACGGAUCCGAGCAACCUCGACCCCAUCGUCUGGCCGAGAGCGGCGACGUCGGCCGAGAUAUUCUGGACCGGGCCCAAGCUGCCCUCCGGUAAGGCACGGACUGGCGUGGAGGCUCUGCCGCGGCUGCACGAUCUGCGGUAUCGCAUGGUGCAGCGGGGAGUCCGGGCCAUUCCGAUUCAGCCGCAGUGGUGUGCGCUGCGGCCAGAGUCCUGCCUGUCUGCUUCUUAGCUAAGACUUGCUGAAUCGAAGCGUGUUACCCUGCUACGUGGAGGAGAAGGACGAGCGACAGCAUGUGACCUAACGCGUGUGAUGAGGUCACGUGAAAAGUACCUGACCGUGUAUCUUGGAAGUGUGACCUCUCUAGCCUUCUUGCAACAUUGUCUUGGAUAUGGAGAAAGGAUUAUGUAUUUUACCUCAGCGACAGUUCGCCUAAAGAACUUUCUGCGUUCCCGAUGUUCUUGAGACCCAACAACGCCUGGCUGCGGCUGCAUUGCUCGACCACUACUUGACCUUGGCCGACAAUCUUGGUGCUAUCUUUCUGGAGAUAGAUGCUUGAUUGCAUUCUGUGUGUGUUCAUCAAGAGCCACGGGAAUCUCCGAGACUCAUCGACGAGGGUCAUAAGCUAUCUACCGUAUUUCACCUGGGCUCCCUGAUGAUACUUGGUGCUGCUUUCCAAGACCUUGCGAACCCACUAUGACGCUAUCGUUGAGCUCAUUGCAUUCACAAACGAUCGCGUCCCACUCCUCGCGUCGAGCAGGUUGUCGAAGACCGUAUCCCCAUCUCGCGCAUACAGCAGCAGUUGGACCCGAUGCCCGUAUCUCCGAGCCCAGUCCUGGCAGUCUCAGAGAGGCUGGACGUCGUGUGCGAAAGCGGCAACGAAUUCGGGGACGCCAGGAGGCUGUGCACUCUGAGCCCUUCGAUGGCUAACGGUGGAGUCACCGAUCGCCUGCACCAUUUCCGAUGAUCUGUUGUCAACUCCAGCACGCCAUCGGCCGCGCCUAGUGCGCCUGCGACUGGGGGGCAAUGGAGUCGCACGAGGACCUCGGAGGCGUCUGAACCGAAAAUGCCUUGGCGGUAUCAGCAGAAUUCGUCCCCGUGCCUGGGACUGCUCUCCAUCCGGCAUACGUCGGUGCUGGUCCAUCGCCGAGCCCCAUGACGAGACCGCGUACAUUUGCGGAAUGCGUCUGGCGUCAUUCAUCGAGAUCUUGACGCAAGAAUGAUAACUACUGGGAUGGUCCAUUGUAUGACCAAUAUCCUGGUGUGGAUCGG